CACUGAGAAAUUGGCCAACACAGGCAUGACGUGUCAAUCUUGGAAGACAAAUAAAAGAAGUUACUUGCACAUGCAUAUAGAUAGACAUGUCCGUUAGCUGAGCUUUUCAUUGCAAUACCUUCCCUACAAUUUAUACCUUCUUCAGAUAACUAUUUGCAUCUCAAUCUCCUAAAUGAUGAAGCAAUCGGCAGAGCUAGUGUUUAUCCCAUCCCCAGGCAUUGGCCACCUCGUGGCGACGGUGGAGGUCGCAAAGCUCCUCCUGUCUCGAGAUGAUCAACUCUUCAUCACCGUCCUCAUCAUAAAGUUCCCGUUCAGCUCAGACGGCACUGAUGCCUACGUUGAGUCCUUCGCGGACUCUUCCAUAUCAAAUCGGAUCAAGUUCAUCAACCUCCCACAGCAGAAUAUGGAGACACAAGGUAAUAGCGCCAUCAACCUCUUGAACUUCAUUGACAAUCAUCAAACAACCGUUAAAGAUGUUGUCACCAAACUCAUCGAGUCCGAGACCGAGACUCGACUCACUGGGUUUGUCAUCGACAUGUUUUGUACCGCUAUGAUCGACGUAGCCAACGAAUUAGGGGUUCCUACCUACAUGUUUUUCACGUCCAGCGCCUCCAUGCUAGGGGUCAUGUUACACCUUCAAGCACUUCGUGAUGAUCACAACAAGGACUGCAUUGAGUUCAAGGACUCGACUGCUGAUUUGGUGGUCCCGAGUUACUCCAACCCCUUGCCAGCUGCUAGAGUCUUACCUAGUGUCUUUUUGGAAAAGGAGACCAGCGACAGGUUCUUCAACUUGGCCAAAAGGUGUAGAGAUGUCAAGGGUAUUUUGAUAAAUACAUUCACAGAGCUGGAGUCGCAUGCCCUUCUUUCUCUCAGUUCUGAUGGUCAGAUCCCUCCGGUGUAUCCGGUGGGACCCAUACUCAAGGUGAAGAGCGAUGACAACAAUGACCAAGUUGAUUCGAAGCAGUCGAAGCAGAAGUCUGAUAUCUUGAAAUGGCUCGAUGAUCAGCCUCCGUCGUCUGUAGUAUUUCUGUGCUUCGGGAGCAUGGGAAGCUUCAGUGAAGACCAGGUGAAAGAGAUUGCCCGCGCAUUGGAGCAUGGAGGGUUUCGGUUCUUGUGGUCCCUACGUCAGCCUCCACCAAAGGGAACGAUUGGAAUGCCCAGCGACUAUGCCGAUCACACAGGGGUGUUACCUGAAGGGUUUCUUGAUCGAACGGCUGGGGUCGGAAAAGUUAUAGGGUGGGCGCCGCAAGUUGCCAUCUUAGCCCACCCAGCAGUCGGAGGUUUCGUCUCCCACUGUGGGUGGAAUUCCACUCUGGAGAGCUUGUGGUUUGGAGUGCCGGUUGCCACGUGGCCUUUGUAUGCCGAGCAACAACUAAAUGCAUUUCAGCUAGUUACGGAACUAGGGAUAGCCGUGGAAAUUGAUAUGAGUUAUAGGAAGGAUGGUCCAGUUGUUGUGACAGCAGAGAAAAUUGAGAGUGGAAUAAAGGAACUGAUGGAGCUUGAUAGUGAUAUAAGGAAGAGGGUGAAACAAAUGAGUGAUAGUAGCAAGAAAGCUUUGAUGGAUGGGGGGUGCUCAUAUACUGCGUUGGGACACUUCGUUGAUCAAAUUUAAAGUUUAUGACCACACGGUCCCGUUCACCUGGUCACUAGCUGACCAGGGAUUAUAUGGUCAGUGACCAUCCGAUUGAAAUCGGACGGUUGACAGUUCUCUAACUUUUUAAAAGAUAAAAGCUGUCAACCGUCCGAUUGAAAUCGGACGGUCACUGACCAUAUAAUCCUUGGUCAGCUAGUGACCAGGGGAACAUCUCUGUAUGACCACAUUUGGGGAAAAGCUUUGAUAUUGUCUAUGAUUAUAUACUCCAUUUAGUGUGUCAUAUCCCUUCAUGACUUUGAGAGUGUUUCAUUCUUAUGAUAUUUCAUAUUAUAGGAGCAUGGUGAAAUGAAUAUAUAGUUCUUUUCCGUUUGGAGAAAGUGCAUGUUGUACUGUUUUUGAUUAUUGAGUCUAUUUUUAUCAAGUGAGACGCUCUAGGAAUGGAAUUCUUAUGAUAUUUUCUUACAUAGAAGCUUGGUGAAAUAAAUAUAU